AUCUUCUCAGCUGCCAGUCUUUGUUUGCCUCCAUCUUCUUCCAACUCGGUAUAUUCUCGAAUCUAGAGAGAGAAACAAGAGACAGAGAGAGAGAGAGAGAGAGAGAGAGAUGUCGUGCUUAGUUUGCUUCGCAUCAUGCUGUGCAACUAUGACAUGUGGCCUUUGUACAUCAGUGGCUUCGGGUAUAUCGAAGAAAUCUGCAAGACUUGCUUAUUGCGGUCUUUUUGGUCUCUCUUUGAUCGUUUCUUGGAUUCUUAGAGAAUUUGGCGCUCCUCUUAUAGAGAAACUACCUUGGAUAAAGUCUUCUGUUACUCACUCAAAAGAAUGGUUUCAAAUACAGGCAGUUCUUCGUGUGAGCUUAGGGAAUUUCUUGUUUUUUGCAAUAUUUGCUUUAAUAAUGAUUGGUGUGAAGGACCAAAAUGAUAGACGCGACUCAUGGCACCAUGGUGGAUGGAUUGCAAAGAUGGUGAUCUGGCUUUUGCUUCUUGUCCUCAUGUUUUUCAUGCCCAAUGUCGUCAUCGCUAUCUAUGGCAUCAUUUCAAAGUUUGGGGCAGGGCUAUUUUUGUUGGUUCAAGUGAUUAUUUUGCUAGACUUUACACACUCGUGGAAUGAUGCAUGGGUAGAGAAAGAUGAACAGAAAUGGUAUAUUGCUUUACUAGUUGUGUCAGUUGUGUGCUACCUUGCAGCAUUCGCAUUCUCUGGUGUUCUAUUCAUAUGGUUCAACCCAUCUGGCCAAGACUGUGGCCUCAAUAUCUUCUUUAUUGUGAUGACCAUGAUUCUUGCAUUUGUUUUUGCCAUAAUAGCGCUACAUCCUACAGUUAAUGGAAGCCUCUUGCCUGCUUCGGUGAUAUCAAUAUAUUGUGCUUAUGUUUGCUAUACGGGUCUCUCCAGUGAACCGCAUGACUAUGUAUGCAAUGGUCUCCACAACAAAACGAAAGCAGUUUCCACAAGCACACUUAUCCUUGGGAUGCUUACCACCAUUCUAUCAGUCCUAUAUUCUGCUGUUCGUGCUGGGUCUUCAACAACAUUUCUAUCACCACCCUCCUCACCUAAGGCAUCAGAUGCAAAGAAACCACUUCUAGAAGAACAGUUGGAAGAAGGGAAAGAAAAGAAGGAGACAGAAGCCAGGCCUGUUAGUUAUUCCUACACAUUCUUCCACCUGAUAUUUGCCUUGGCUAGCAUGUACUCGGCAAUGCUUCUUUCUGGAUGGACCAGCUCAUCUGAAAGCUCUGAUCUGAUAGAUGUCGGCUGGACAUCAGUUUGGGUUCGAAUCUGCACCGAGUGGGUCACUGCUGGACUGUAUGUAUGGACUCUUUUAGCUCCACUGCUUUUCCCUGACCGUGAGUUCUUCUAGGUAUACUGUAUUUUGAUAUCAUGUCUUAAAAGUCCUGUGCUCUGGCCGGUUGGCUGAGAGCAUAUAGAUGCAUCGAUAAUGUCUUUUGUAUGUGGCUGUAAUAAUGCUCUUAUGUUUGUAAAUUGUACCUAUAAAAUACAUAGCAUGAGUAAAUAUCUCUUCACUUCUUUUAGUUA